AGGCAACCUUUUAUUGCGGAAUUACCAGCUGCCAACAAGCACCUCAUAUCACGACGAACAAACCGCUCUGUCUCGCAGCAGAUCGAGCUAUUCCAUAAUAGCCAUCGCGAGUUCGUUCAUAAGCCCAAAAUACGCGCUUGAGAUACUUCAAGAUGGACUUCAGCAACUUUGGGAAGAAUAUCACUUCCUUCGGGGCUUCGAUCACCCCAUUCGCCUCUCGCACUUUCCAAUACACGAAGGAGCAACUUGGCCAGGCUGAAGAUAAGACCCAACUUCCGCCUGAUUAUAUCGACUUGGAGAAGCGCGUCGAUGCCUUGAAGAUUGUGCAUCAGAAGAUGCUGGCCGUGACGUCUCAAUACUCUAACGAGGCUUACGACUACCCCCCCAAUCUGAAGGAGACGUUCCAGGAUCUUGGCCGUACCGUGAGCGAGAAGGUCAGUCUUCUUUCCUCAGCCAGCUCCCCUGCGGAAGCACAAGCCGCCUUGACAGCCCCCCCCUCUGCAAAGCCGCAGCCCAAGACCUUUAACCAUGCGAUUGCACGCGCCAGUCUGUCCAGCAGCCAAGUCCUGCACCAGCAGCACACCGGUGCCGGUGAAGACCCUCUUGCGACGGCCCUGGAGAAGUAUGCUCUCGCUCAGGAGAGCGUCGGCGAGGCUCGUCUUGCCCAAGACGCUCAGAUCCAGAGUCACUUUCUGAACAGCUGGACAACUACUCUGAACACCAACCUCAUGUUCGCCGCUCGCGCUCGCAAGAACGUCGAGAAGGCACGCCUCACACUCGAUGCGGUCAAGGCUCGUGCUCACGGCACUACUUGGAAGCUCGCCCAGGGCUCCGUACAGGGUGACCAACCCCAAUCUCAUGAGCUUAGCCCUGAGGCCCAGGAGGAGAUUGAAAAGGCCGAGGACGAAUUCGUCACACAGACCGAGGAGGCUGUUGGCGUCAUGAAGAAUGUUCUCGACACCCCCGAGCCUCUUCGCAACCUGGCAGACUUGAUCGCGGCGCAAAUUGAAUAUCACAAGAAGGCCUACGAAAUCCUAAGCGAACUGGCGCCUGUCGUGGAUGGCCUCCAGGUGGAGCAAGAGACCAGCUACCGGAAGAGUCGUGAUAAUGCCGCUUAAGGGGAGUAAAUCGCAGCCGGAAUGCUCUUGUUGAUUUUUCGAUACUCAGGGAUCGGAACCCACAGUUUUGUAAGAUGGCACGGCCGGGUCGUGCACGACCUCUUUUUGUCGCAUUCGCUUGUUGGGUGUGCACGAGAUUCCAUUUCUGUAGUAGCUAAAGCUUCUCCUACUUG